AUGCACAGUCAACAAGCUUUGUCCCCUGCAGUUCAAAAACAGCUGCUGCACUACACUACUGCCAGGACCACCAGCAGGAGAGAUGGGCUGAGUCUGAUGGCUGACCACACCACCAUGCAGCUGCUUGCUUUUGGUCUUCUCAGCUUCUGCCUUCAUGCCUGGAGUUUCUCGUUGACGUCUCUCACAGGUCACGCCAUUUCCCUGAACUGCUCAGGUGCCAACAGCAGUGUCGGCCCAGCGAUGCUCUGGUACAGGCAGCUCCCCGGGCGGCCACCUCAACCCAUACUGCAGACCUUCAGCCCUGACCGUGAACUCCACUUUCCAUACUUUAAUUUUGGAGGACAUUUUCUCUCAAAGAAAAAUCACACGCUAGUCAUCCAGAACGUCACCCAAGAAGACGCUGCGACUUAUUACUGCUCACAGCUAGAGAGGGACGUGUGCCGCUUUGGCGAAGGGAUCGAGCUGCGAGUGGACAGUCCAACAGACGUGAAGAGCACACUUGAAGCAGGUGCAGCUGGACUUUCUUGUCCCUGUAGAAUUUGGAUUUGGGUGUCUGCCAUCUUGGGAUUCCUGCUGGUGGUGAUGACCUCUGCUUUGACGUACGCAGUGUGCAGACUGAAGUCUAAAGUGAGGCGGCUUUCAGAGCAAAUGGAAAGCGACCAGAAAUCCAGGAGGCGAAGCUUUGAUUCUGAGAUUUCGUCUGCCAAUAAAGAGAGAGAAAGUGAAUACCAGAUGCUCUCCCACAAGGACCAGGCUUUAUAUGAAGUAUGUCAACACUCCCAGAAAACAACAAGGAAAUGAAGAAUGGAGCAGAGCAGAGGAAGAUCAGUUAG